GCCAGCAGGAUACUGUAACGGGAAGGACUCAACUUUACCAAGAUGUCUAGGAUAAUGAAGACAAUUCUGUUGCUGCUCCAUUUGUGUUGUUACUUUAGUGCUGGAAGAUGUGGGAAAGUGCUGGUGUGGCCCAUGGAUUAUAGCCACUGGUUGAAUAUACAGGUGAUCCUCACUGAACUUGUACAGCGGGGACAUGAGGUGACAGUCCUCAGACCUUCAUCUUCUGUUUUUCUUUAUCUCAAUAGUCCCUCUGAUAUAAAAUUUGAAACUUUUCUUACAUCUUCCAAUACAGAAGACAUGAAGAAUUUUUUUGAGCGAACGCUUGAUACCUGGAUAUAUACUGUGCCAAAGGACACCUACUGGAAACAUUUUCCACGGCUGCAAGGCUUGCUCUGGGAAUUUUCUGAUGUUUAUUAUAACAUUACUGAAGGUGCAGUUCGGAACAAGAAACUUAUGACCAAAUUACAAGACUCAAAGUUUGACGUCCUUCUUGCAGAUGCCAUCUUUCCUGGUGGGGACCUGAUGGCUGAACUACUGAAAAUUCCUUUGGUGUACACCCUCCGCUUCUCUCCUGGCUACACAUAUGAAAAGUACAAUGCAGGCCUUCUGUUUCCUCCUUCUUAUGUACCUGUUAUUCUGUCGAGACUAAGCAGUCAAAUGACUUUCAUGGAGAGGGUGAAAAAUUUGAUGCACUUGCUGUAUUUUGACUUCUGGUUUCAAACAUUUAAUGAGAAGAAGUGGAGUCAGUUUUACACUGAAAUUUUAGGGAGACCCACUACAUUAUCACAGAGUAUGGCAAAAGCAGAAAUGUGGCUCAUUCGAUCCUACUGGGAUUUGGAAUUUCCUCGCCCUACCUUGCCAAAUACUGAGUUUGUUGGUGGGCUCCACUGCAAACCUGCCAAGCCCUUGCCUAAGGAAAUGGAAGAGUUUGUGCAGAGCUCUGGAGAACACGGUAUUGUGGUGUUUUCUCUAGGGUCGAUGGUCCACAACCUAACAGAAGAAAGGGCCAAUGUGAUUGCAUUAGCUCUUGCUCAGCUGCCCCAAAAGGUUAUUUGGAGAUACAGUGGCAAGAAACCUGACACCUUACAACCCAAUACUCAACUGUAUGAGUGGAUCCCCCAGAAUGACCUCCUUGGUCAUCCCAAAACCAAAGCUUUUGUAACUCAUGGAGGAGCCAAUGGCAUCUACGAUGCCAUCAACCACGGGGUCCCUAUGGUGGGCAUUCCUUUGUUUGGGGAACAACAUGAUAACAUAGCUCACAUGGAAGCCAAAGGAGCAGCUGUUGUGUUGGAUUUCAUGACAAUGUCAACUGCAGAUUUGGUCAAUGCACUGAAGGAAGUCAUGAACAACCCUUCCUUUAAAGAGAAUGUCAUGUGGUUAUCGACCAUUCACCACGACCAGCCAAUGAAGCCCCUGGACCGAGCAGCCUUCUGGAUCGAGUUUGUCAUGCGCCACAAAAGGGCCAAUCACCUGCGGCCACUCGCCCAGAACCUCACCUGGUACCAGUACCACUCUUUGGAUGUCAUUGGCUUCCUACUUGCUUGUGUGGUGACCGUUACUCUCCUUGUCACAAAAUGUUGCUUCUUUUGUUAUCAGAAGAUUGUUAAGACAGGAAAGAAGAAGAAGGAGUAGAGCUGAUUGAGACCUAUAGGUGGUAGGCAUGCUAGACCAAUCUAUUGUACUUUAAUUUAACAUUUAGGAUCAAGGUGUGGGGAGAUACUCCUCAACAUUUUAUAAGACCUUUACUUUUCUGAUUUGCUAUAUAUUUUGUUUCAGAGCAACAUUAAAGGAUGUUUAAUCUAAUUUCAUAAUUCCUGAAAUAAUUCCAAUUUGGUGUUUGCUUAUACCUUUUAUCAUACCUCUUAAAAAUUCACAAUUAUUGAAACCUCUGGUAGAAAAGAACAGAAAGAGUAAGUUUUAUUUGCUUUUUUAGAAAUAGUGUGUCUUUGAAUAAAAUGACAACAAAUGCAUUAUCUUGAGUCUGUAAAUGAAACCAGAAGGAAAUCAGUUAAAAUUGGCAAGAUCUAUUCAGACUCUGAAGUGCAAGCAAGAAACUUCAGGUUCAACUCAGGUCAAAUUAUACUCAAGCAAAUGUGACUCAAGUAUUUUUAAAACUUAAAAAAGACCCUUGGGCCAGUGUUGAUGUCCUCAUGCACUAGGAUGGUGGGCAGGAUUAGAGGAAGUUCUACAUCAACCUGGGCAACUAUGAGAGACUGUCUUAGAGAAAGGUAAGGGCAAGAAGAAGAUUUAAGAUAUUCCAUGUAUGGGCACCAAAUACCCAAAAGGAAGGUUAAAUUUUUGUCUUCAACAUAAGUGAAGAUUAAGAAGAAAAAGAAAAACAAAAUGGAGUAAGGAAAUUUAGAGACAGAGAAAGGGACAUGAGUGGGAAGGUAGAAGGAAUUUAGUGGAAAAAAAAACAAGCUGUGGCAUGUAUGUGGACCUACUCCCCAAGGUGAAAUGAAAUGCAUGUACUGCAAACAUGUACUAAGAAAAUUAAAAUUGAAAUUAAACAAAGAAAAAGGGUAGAAGAUGUAGCUCAGUGGUAGAGUAUCUAAAAUAUGCACACCCUUAUGUUCAAUUUCUGGCUGUAAUUAUGUAACUUUGUGAUAUCUUUGUGUAGAAAGAAAGGUGUGUUCUACAGAACCCUGAAAAUUCACAAGUUAACAUUGUGGACCUAGGAAUUCUAAGUAAUCUUGCAUGAAAAUGAUAAUAAAUGUUUACAACUUUAAAAAUGUACACCAUA